AUGUCAGAGCGGGAGCGCCAGGUCAUGAAGAAGCUGAAGGAGGUGGUGGACAAGCAGCGCGACGAGAUCCGCGCCAAGGACAGGGAGCUGGGCCUGAAGAAUGAGGACGUGGAGGCCCUGCAGCAGCAGCAGACACGGCUGAUGAAGAUCAACCAUGACCUUCGGCACCGGGUCACAGUGGUAGAGGCCCAGGGGAAGGCCCUGAUCGAACAGAAGGUGGAGCUGGAGGCAGAUUUGCAGACCAAGGAGCAGGAGAUGGGCAGCCUGCGGGUGGAGCUUGGGAAGCUGCGAGAGAGGCUGCAGGGCGAGCCCAGCCAGAAUGGGGAAGAGGAGGCUGAGACGGAGCCAGGUGGGGAGGAGUGUAUCUCAGAUGCGGAGAAGGCAGCCAUGGAGCUCAAGGAUCCCAACCGCCCCCGGUUCACGCUGCAGGAGUUGCGGGACGUGCUGCACGAGCGGAACGAGCUCAAGUCCAAGGUGUUCCUGCUGCAGGAGGAGCUGGCCUACUAUAAGAGUGAAGAAUUGGAGGAGGAAAAUCGAAUACCCCAGCCCCCACCCAUUGUACACCCGAGGACGUCCCCCCAGCCGGAGUCGGGCAUCAAGCGACUGUUUAGCUUCUUCUCCCGAGAUAAGAAGCGCCUGGCCAACACGCAGAGAAAUGUGCACAUCCACGAGUCAUUUGGACAGUGGGCCAACACCCAUCGUGAUGACGGUUACACGGAGCAAGGACAGGAGGCCCUGCAGCACCUGUGACCUUGGCCUCCUCUGCCCUCCAGCCUGGAUGUCUACCGCCAGCGCCUGCAACCAAACCUGCAGCCCAGGGGUCGCUGCCUCCCGCCUCGGGGCAGGUGCUGCCUCAAAACUGACCUCUCAAACUGUCUGCUUUGAGGACGGACGUUGAAAAAACUGAUGCCAGAUUCUAAAGAAAUGUUUAUUUAUACCCAGGGCUAUCACCGUUUGUAAUAGAUGACUCUGAUCCCUUAGGAUAUAUAUUUAAUAAUCCCACAACUGAGGCCAGACUUUUGCGUUAACUUCAGUAACACGAGUUUGUUUAAGCCAAAUACAUCACUUGCCGCUGUCACUGC